GUGUCUCUUGUGCUUUUGCGGGGCUGAAAUGGUAGAAGAAUAAAGGGUGAGGGAGUAGCAUGAGUUGCUAGAGAUGAUCACAUGAUCAGGUCAUUGGGUGACAGAAGGGUAUUGGGGGUAUUAGCGGCACAUGGCAAGACCACGCCAUGCAAUCACCAUCGCCAAUACCAUUCCCACGCUACGUUGGAUUCCCAUUCCUACGCCAGCAUGCUUCAACAAGCCAUUCAAAAAUGCGACCCAAACUCAGCCAAGACCCUUCACUGCCACAUUCUGAAGCGAGGAGGCGCUUCUCUCGACUUGUUCGCCCAAAACAUUCUUCUCAACACCUACGUCCAUUUCGACUCUCUACACGACGCUUCCAAACUGUUCGACGAAAUGCCUCUCACUAACACCGUCUCUUUCGUCACCUUGGCUCAGGGCUUCUCUCGUUCCCACCAAUUCGAUCAUGCCCUUCACUUCCUUCUCAGGUUGUUUAGAGAAGGACAUGAGGUGAAUUCGUUUGUUUUUACGACUCUUCUCAAGUUGCUGGUGAGCAUGGAUUUGGCUGACACGUGUUGGAGUGUGCAUGCGUGUGCUUAUAAACUUGGUCAUCACUCCGAUGCGUAUGUUGGCACUGCGCUUAUAGAUGCCUACUCCGUUGGUGGAAAUGUUGAUGCUGCACGUCGAGUGUUCGAUGGCAUUUAUUGUAAGGACAUGGUAUCUUGGACUGGGAUGGUGGGUUGCUAUGCUGAGAAUUCUUUCCAUGAGGACGCGUUGCUACUUUUCUGCCAGAUGAGGAUUAUUGGGUAUACACCAAACAAUUUUACCAUUUCUGCUGCGCUUAAGUCCUGUCUUGGUCUGGAAGCAUUUGAGCUUGGGAAAGUUGUUCAUGGAUGUGCUUUGAAAGCUUGUUAUGAUAGGGAUCUUUAUGUUGGCACUGCACUGCUUGAAUUGUACUAUAAGUCUGGAGAGAUUGUUGAUGUGCAGCGGUUUUUUGAGGAAAUGCCAAAAGAUGAUCUUAUUCUUUGGAGUCUGAUGAUAUCACGGUAUGCUCAGAGUGACAAAAGUAAGGAGGCUUUAGAGUUGUUUUGUCGUAUGAGGCAAUCAUCUGUUGUCCCUAAUAGUUUUACAUUUGCUAGUGUGUUGCAAGCUUGUGCAUCUAUGGUUUCGCUGAAUUUCGGAAAGCAAGUUCAAUCUUAUGUACUGAAAGUUGGUCUUGACUCAAAUGUGUUUGUGUCAAAUGCCCUCAUGGAUGUUUAUGCCAAGUGUGGUGAAAUUGAGAACUCCAUGAAAUUAUUCAGGGAAUUGGAAGAGAAAAAUGUGGUUUCUUGGAACACUGUAAUUGUUGGUUAUGUUCAGUUAGGGUACAGGGAGAAAGCAAUGAAUCUAUUUUCAAGUAUGCUUGAAUAUGACAUAGAGCCAACUGAAGUUACAUACUCGAGUGUCCUCUGUGCCAGUGCCAGUUUAGCAGUAUUAGAGCUUGGACGUCAAAUUCAUUCCUUAACUGUGAAAACCAUGUAUAACAAGGACAUUCCAGUUGCCAAUUCUUUGAUAGAUAUGUAUGCUAAAUGUGGAAGAAUUGAUGAUGCCCGAUUAAUAUUUGAUAAGAUGGACAAACAAGAUGACGUUUCAUGGAAUGCUAUAAUCUGUGGAUAUUCUAUGCAUGGCCUGGGCAUGGAGGCUCUAAAUUUGUUUGACAUGAUGCAACAGACUGAUUGUAAACCUAAUAAACUUACUUUUGUUGGUGUUCUGUCCGCAUGUAGCAAUGCAGGAUUGUUAGACAAAGGACGAGCUCACUUUAAGUCAAUGUUACAGGAUUAUGGCAUUGAACCAUGUAUAGAACACUAUACUUGCAUCGUUUGGCUUCUUGGAAGAUCAGGCCAAUUUGAUGAAGCAGUGAAGCUCAUUGGAGAAAUUCCAAUUCAGCCUAGUGUUAUGGUGUGGCGUGCAUUACUUGGUGCUUGUGUUAUCCAUAAGAACCUUGAUCUAGGUAGAGUUUGUGCCCAUCAUGUACUUGAGAUGGAGCCCCAUGAUGAUGCAACCCAUGUACUUCUGUCAAACAUGUAUGCCACUGCAGGGAGAUGGGACAGCGUUGCUUCUGUUAGGAAAAACAUGCAAAAGAAAAGAGUGAAGAAGGAACCAGGCUUAAGCUGGGUUGAGAACCAAGGUGUGGUUCACUAUUUUAGAGUGGGAGACACUUCUCAUUCUGACAUUAAACUAAUAUGCGCAAUGCUUGAAUGGUUAAAUAAAAAAACCAGGGAUGCAGGAUAUGUUCCGGAUUGCAAUGUUGUUUUGCUUAAUGUGGAGGAUGAUGAAAAGGAACGUCUCUUGUGGCUGCACAGUGAAAGACUAGCACUGGCUUUUGGACUGAUUCAAAUUCCACCUCCGUGUUCUAUUCGUAUCAUUAAAAAUCUUCGUAUUUGUGUAGAUUGUCAUACUGUUAUAAAGUUGAUAUCAAAAGUUGUGCAUAGAGAAAUUAUUAUCAGAGAUAUAAAUCGGUUUCAUCAUUUUCGGCACGGGAUUUGCUCCUGCGGUGACUAUUGGUAAUUUACAUAGUAAAUUAGGAUAUAACUUUUUGUA